CUCAUAAGACAAGAGAUGCAGCAAAGCUCUCACACCACUUCCUUGUCUAUUCGCUCGUUCCAGUUCUGCUCUAACAAUUCAGUCACCUUUACCAACAUGAAACUCCCAACUCUAUCCGUCCUUUAUCUCAUUCACCUUACUUCAUUGCUGCUCAUCUUAGCUGAGUCGACUCAGCCUCCGUUCUCCUGCGACAUAUCCGACCCACGAACCAAAUCCUACCCUUUUUGCAAAACUACACUCCCCAUCACCCAACGAGUCCAGGAUCUGGUUUCCAGGCUCACAUUAGACGAGAAGAUAUCCCAACUCGUUAACUCAGUCUCCUCCAUUCCAAGACUUGGCAUCCCUGCCUAUCAAUGGUGGUCCGAAGCGCUGCAUGGUGUUGCCUAUUCGUUGAGGGUCACGCAAGGUAUUCGUUUCAAUGGAACAAUCCAGUCAGCCACCAGUUUCCCUCAAGUCAUUCUCACCGCUGCUUCCUUUGAUGCUCACCUUUGGUAUCGCAUUGCUCAGGCAAUUGGAAUAGAAGCUAGAGCUAUUUACAACGCUGGACAAGCAAUGGGCAUGACAUUUUGGGCACCCAACAUUAAUAUAUAUAGGGAUCCAAGGUGGGGAAGAGGGCAAGAGACGCCUGGAGAGGAUCCAUUGGUUUCUGGGAAAUAUGCAGUUUCAUUUGUGAGAGGGAUACAAGGGGACUCUUUUGAAGGUGGGAAACUUGGCCAACAUCUUCAAGCUUCAGCUUGUUGUAAGCAUUUUACUGCUUAUGAUUUGGAUAACUGGAAAGGAGUGAAACGAUAUGUCUUCAAUGCAAAAGUCAGUUUACAGGAUUUGGCAGAUACAUAUCAGCCUCCAUUCCAGAGCUGCAUACAGCAAGGGAAAGCUAGUGGGAUAAUGUGUGCUUACAAUCGUGUUAAUGGAGUCCCUAACUGUGCUGAUUACAAUCUGUUGUCGAAAACAGCCCGAGGCCAAUGGGGUUUCAAUGGAUACAUCACCUCUGACUGUGAUGCUGUCGCCAUCAUUCAUGAAGAUCAAGGAUAUGCUAAACUACCAGAGGAUGCUGUAGCUGAUGUUCUUAAAGCUGGAAUGGAUGUCAACUGUGGUACCUAUUUGAAGAAAUACACCAAAUCAGCUGUUGAAAAGAGAAAAUUACCUGUAUCUAAAAUAGACAGAGCCCUUCAUAACCUUUUCUCAGUCAGAAUAAGGCUGGGGCUUUUCGACGGCAAUCCAGUUAAACAGCCUUAUGGAACCAUUGGUUCAGAUAAGGUCUGUUCUCAAGAGCAUCGGAAUCUUGCCCUUGAGGCUGCUCGAAAUGGCAUUGUCCUUCUGAAGAACACGGAUAAACUCCUUCCACUUUCAAAAACCAAAACUACUUCCCUUGCAGUAAUAGGGCCUAAUGCGAAUUCUGCAAAAACAUUUGUCGGAAACUAUGCAGGCCCUCCUUGCAAACCUGUUACACCAUUGCAAGGGCUGCAAAGUUAUGUUAAAGACACCAGGUUUCACCAAGGUUGUAAUGCAGUUAAUUGUUCUUCUGCCUUCAUUGCUCAAUCAGUGAAGAUAGCAAAAGGAACAGAUCAUGUUGUGUUAGUAAUGGGAUUAGAUCAAACACAAGAGAGUGAAGAUCAUGAUCGUGUAGACUUGCUUCUUCCACCAAAGCAACAAAACCUGAUUUCUAGAAUCGCAAGAGUUGCCAAGAAUCCAGUCAUUUUGGUGCUUCUAUCAGGAGGUCCGGUUGACAUAUCAUUCGCUAAAAAUGAUCAACACAUCGGAAGCAUUCUAUGGGCCGGUUAUCCAGGUGAAGCCGGAGGUCGUGCAUUAGCAGAAAUUAUAUUUGGUGAUCACAACCCUGCUUCAAAUUUGUAUACAGGAGGGAGGUUACCAGUUACUUGGUAUCCACAAAGUUACGUUAACGUGCCGAUGACGGACAUGAGAAUGCGACCUGAACCUUCAUCCAGCUAUCCCGGACGCACCUACAGAUUCUACCAAGGACCGAAGGUUUUUGAAUUUGGUUAUGGUCUUAGCUACUCGAACUACACUUAUGAAAUUCUCCCUGUAACACAAAACAGGGUCCAUAUAAUGGUUGAGAGCUCAAAUCCUCACAGGUACUUGCCUGUUUCAGAGAUGGGAGACGAAGUUUGUGAAAAAAUGAAGUACACAGUCAAGGUUCGAGUUAAAAACCAUGGUGCGAUGGCCGGUAAGCAUCCAAUGUUGCUAUUUGUGGGGCGACCAAAGAUGGUCAAUGGGAGGCCAGUGAGACAAUUAGUUGCAUUCCAGAGUGUUAACCUGAACGCAGGGGAAAGAGCUGAUGUUGAAUUUGAGUUGAGGCCAUGUGAGCAUCUUAGCUCAGCCAAGAAAGAUGGUUCGAUGGUGAUUGAAGAAGGGUCUUAUUUAUUGAGCAUUGGAGACAAAGAAUCAGAGAUUCAAGUUGUUAAAUAAUACAACUCAUAGCUAAUGUACCUUAUUGCUAAAUAAACAGCAGUUUCAUCAAGUUGAAACAACAUCAAUUACCCAAAAAAAUACUUCCGAGAUAGAA